UUGAAAUGAAAAGCGGUAUUUUGAAAAGUUCCAAAAUUAUGUCAACUAAAGGAGUAAAUAUAUAUGUUUAUCAGUUUGCAUACGACGGCAAUAUUAAUUUUUUAAAGAAGUUAUUCAACAUAAAUAGAAAAGGAGCUGCUCAUGCCGACGAUGCCGCAUACAUUUUCGGCUUAGGCGAUCAAAGUCUAAAAAAUGCUUCCCAUGAUGAUAUAAUAACCCUGAAACGAAUGACGAAGAUGUGGACAAAUUUCGCGAAGAGUGGGAAUCCAACAGCAACUGCAAACGAUCUUCUGCCUGUUAAAUGGCCUGAGUAUGACCUCCACGAAGAAAAGUAUUUGGAAAUAAACAGCUAUCUCGAAGUUAGAACUGCUUACGAACCAGAGAAAAUGGCUAUUUUUGACGUGAUUUAUGAAAAAUAUCACACAUAAUGCAACGCCAGUUGGGACGUGAAAACUGUUGUUGCAUUAUUUAAAUUAAUUUACACUUACUGCACCAAAU